AUGAAACAAAUUCUCAUUUUUACAAUUACUCGCGUCUGAAUUUGAACAAAGAACUGCAAAGUGUUAACAAAAAGUGGUAGUUUUUACAAGGUCAUAUGAGGAAUGAGGGGGAGAAACCGUGAAAUGUUCGUAAACACAAAUUAAUUAAAUUGAAAAUCAGUAAGUGCGCACCUUUCAACCAGAUUAAUUCAAAAUAGAUGUAUUUAUCAACAUGUUUCAUUAAAUCAGUAAACGAAGUGCUUACCAUAAUAAACAUCAAGUAAAAGUAGUGUGACCCACAUUUUGAUACUAAAAGAGAAAACGAAAAGAAAAUAACCACGUAGUCGUACGUCGUACCUCAUCAGCUUCUUCGCAAUGUCUAUGACGAGUGAUAUCUAUAAGAAGCAAAAAACUUGCAUGCAAGUAGCUACAAAUGUUGUUGAACAAAAACAUCAUGUGUCCAGGGCUAAAAGGGCUCAAAUCUUAGGCCCACUUAGAAAGUUUCAUGGCUGCACUGUGUGGUUUACUGGUCUCUCUGGAGCAGGUAAGACGUCCAUUGCUUUCGAACUGGAAGCAUAUUUAGUUUCUUUGGGAAUACCUGCAUAUGGUCUAGAUGGAGAUAACAUGAGAACAGGAUUAAACAAGGACCUGGGAUUUGCAAAAAAAGACAGAGAAGAAAACAUAAGGCGUGUAGCUGAAGUUGCAAAGCUCUUUGCAGAUGCUGGUCAAGUGUGUCUUUGCAGUUUUGUAUCACCUUUUGCAGAAGACCGUGAAGUAGCCAGACAAAUACAUCGUGAAAACAAUCUUCCAUUUUUUGAAGUUUUUGUGGACACUCCUAUAAGCGUGUGUGAAUCACGAGACACGAAGGGCUUAUACCAAAAGGCCCGAAAAGGACUUAUUAAAGGAUUCACAGGCGUCGACCAACCCUAUGAGAAACCAGAAAAUCCAGAUUUGGUAAUAAAAACCGUCGAUUCUACAGUUGAAGAGAGCAUGAUGCAAGUGGUGGAAAUGUUGCAAGAAAACGGAAUUAUUUCGAUUGACAUCAGAGCAGAAGAAACGGUUAAAGAGCUUUUUGUACCCAACGAUAUGAUAGAUAAUAUGAGGGCUGAAGCAGCUACACUUCCUGGACUAAACUUAAGUUUACUGGAACUGCAAUGGUUGCAGGUACUAAGUGAAGGCUGGGCUACACCUCUGAGAGGAUUCAUGCGCGAAGACCAAUUCUUACAAACCCAGCAUUUUAACUGUCUUUUAAAUGGAGGUUGUAUCAAUCAGAGCAUUCCAAUAGUACUAACGGCCUCAGACUACGAUAAACAACGUCUCGACGGCUGUUCCUCAGUCGCUCUUUAUUAUAAUGGCAAGUGUUACGCCAUUCUACGAAAACCUGAGUUUUAUUAUCAUAGGAAAGAAGAAAGAGCUGCUCGUCAAUUCGGUACUACAAACAAAAAUCAUCCGUACGUUAAAAUGAUUUUGGAAUCAGGAAAUUGGUUAGUAGGCGGAGAUCUUAACGUGUUAGAAAGAGUAAGAUGGGGCGACGGACUUGAUCAAUACCGAUACACACCCAACGAACUUCGAGCUAAAUUCAAGCAAAUGGAGGCCGAUGCUGUGUUUGCAUUUCAAUUACGAAAUCCUAUUCACAAUGGACAUGCUUUAUUGAUGACAGAUACCAAGAAACAACUACAGGAAAGGGGCUACAAAAGACCGGUGCUUCUCUUACAUCCGUUGGGUGGCUGGACAAAAGACGACGAUGUACCUUUACCUAUUCGCAUUCGUCAACACCAAGCCGUAAUGGAUGAGGGCGUUUUGGAUGUAAAUUCGACGGUGCUGGCCAUCUUUCCUAGCCCAAUGAUGUAUGCCGGUCCCACGGAAGUUCAAUGGCAUGCGAAAGCGCGAAUGAUAGCAGGCGCAGAUUUUUACAUUGUGGGACGCGAUCCAGCUGGAGUGCCCCAUCCACUUGGCAAAGACGGCUCUCCUGACGGUAACAUGUACGACGUCACACAUGGAGCUCGCGUUCUUAAAAUGGCACCCGGUCUAGCCACUCUCGAGAUUAUUCCAUUUCGCGUUGCAGCUUACGACAAAAAAAUCAAAGGAAUGUCGUUCUUCGAUCCUUCACGUACCGACGAUUUCGAUUUUAUUUCCGGUACCCGAAUGCGUACGCUAGCACGCAAUGGACAGUUUCCUCCCGAUGGAUUUAUGGUGCCGAAGGCAUGGGAAAUUCUCGCCGGAUAUUACCACUCUCUUAACAAGAAGGAACAGUAUUAAUGAAGAUUUAAAGGUUGGUAUAAUUCCUAUUUUUAUUUUAGGUUUUCUUUUCGUAAGUUAGUACCUAGGUGUUUACUUAGGAAACUUUUCUGCACUUUUACUUUUAUUAGUAUUAUUGAACAAAAAUUACAGCGACAAAAUUUUAUAUAUAAAAGUUGACGAAGAGAGAAUCAUAUAUUAUAAAUAUGUUUUUAUGGUUAUAAGUAUCUCUGCUAUUUAUACUAAUUGCACCAAAUAUACAUUUGAAUUACGAUUCAAUCUUAAAACUUAAAUGUUUUAUUAAAGCUUUACCGCUACAGUGAUAAGAGAUAUUUUGUUUUACGAGUUUAAACGGUGAUUCAACAGAAAAAUCACGAUUGUAUUGCCUGUUUGUGUAUUUUUUUUAUUUUAAUUGCUAAAAUUGCUUCCUUUUUCAUUAGUGUUAUUAUUUAAUAAGCUUCAGCUUUAUAUAACAUAUGCAGAGCAUAUUAAAUAUUGUAGUAAUAAGUUUGCAAAACCCAUGCCCAACAAUCCCACCGUUUAAAACAUUUUUUCGGAGGGCGAAAAAUGUGUUUUCGCCUUCCAAUUAUUUUUAAUGUAAUAAUUUUUUAGCUUAUUGUAAAUUAGGGAUAGUGAAACGUUUACACUGUAUGCUGUUAUUGCACACUACUUUUUUUCUCUUUUUAUUUUUAUUGUUGUAUCUUUAAAAAUUGUUUAACUGCAUUUAUGUAUUAUGUUAAUAAUGUUAGAUAAAAGAAUUCAUAAAAUUA